AUGGCGGUGAUCACUUGUGUGUCAGGUGUGAUGGAGCCGGCCGCCAAAAAGCUUCACUUUGACUUGAUGAAGAAGAAGAACUACAACCCUCUCAUCAAGCCGGCAGGACGUCCCACCGGCGGUCCUGCCUCUCUCUUGACGGUCAGGAUCGGCAUGCGACUCUCGCAAAUUCUAGACGUGGAUGAGAAGAACCAAAUCAUCAAGAUCAGUGUUUGGCUACGUCAGGACUGGUACGACAUGCGGCUGACGUGGGACCCCGAGGAGUACAAUGGCGUGAAGAAACUCCACAUCCCGUCCAACGACCUGUGGAAGCCCGACCUCGUCCUCUACAACAAUGCUGACGGUGAUUUCGUCGUGACGCUGCAGACGAAGGCUACCGUACACCACAACGGCUGGAUCAUCUGGGAGCCGCCUGCCAUCUACAAGAGUUACUGCGAGAUCGACGUCGAGUUCUUCCCCUUUGAUAUGCAGGAGUGUUUCCUCAAAUUUGGUUCGUGGACCUACGACGGCACGCAGCUUGAUCUCCAACACGUCUGUGACAAAGGUGUGAAAAUGGCCAACGACAUACUGGUCAUUGACAGAGGCAUUGAUCUGAGGGACUUCUAUGCCAACAUUGAGUGGGACAUCAUAAAUGUCACAGCGCGACGCAGGGUCAAGUAUUACCCUUGCUGCCCAGAACCUUACCCAGACAUAAUGUUCAACGUGACCCUGCGAAGACGGACACUGUUUUACACGCUGAACCUCAUCAUGCCGUGCAUUUCCAUAUCGUGUCUGACAGUGCUGGUGUUCUACCUGCCGUCCGACAGCGGUGAAAAGAUCACCCUCUCCAUCUCUAUCCUCCUCGCCCUGACGGUGUUCUUCCUGCUGCUGUCUGACAUCAACCCGCCCACGUCGCUCGUCAUCCCUCUGAUCGGCAAGUAUCUGCUCUUCGUCCUCAUCGUGGUGUCCCUCUCCAUAUUCCUCACGGUUUAUACGCUGCACAUCAAUUUUAAAUCGCCCACCACCAACAAGAUGUCUCCGUGGGUCAGGAAAAUGUUCACAGAGAUAUUACCCAGAAUUCUUUUGAUGAAACGUCCAGAGUUUUGUAAAAAUCCCAAGGUCGCCGUGAGGACUUGUAACGGGAUUGAAAUGAGAGAACCGCUGGCUACGUCAACAUCACGUGACUGGCAUACUUACGAAAAUGUUCGGCAAAGACAGCACUCGGAGGAACCCGAAGAAGCAACGUCGUCGUUUUCACCGAAUGUGACGGAGGCCCUGUAUGGGGUGAAGUUCAUAGCAGAUCAUUUAAAGAAGGAGGAUGAAGACAUGGAGGAAAUCCGCGACUGGAAAUACAUUGCCAUGGUGAUGGACAGGUUUUUCCUGGUAAUAUUUUCAACAGCUUGUUUAUGUGGAACGCUCAGUAUUUUUUUGUUUGCGCCAUCUUUAUACGAUCCACGGGAACCGUUGGCCAAAGAAGACCCCAAUAACACUUGUAUAUACUAG